UGAGAUUACCUUCCUCUAUCUAUCAUACCUUAUCCUUUAGCAUUUAGCAUUUAGCUAAAAGGAGGAGAAGUGAGAGAAGGAGUAGUAGAGAUAAAUUGUUUGUUCUCUGAUGUGCCGAAUAUUAUCAGCUAUUAAUAAAUCCUCGAUAUUUCAAGUGAUGUAUAAAACGAUUGGCUAGUGCUUAAAACCUCACCGCUAUCAUCAACAAGUCAUUAUUUUUCAUUGAUGAAAAAAAAAAAUGAAUCGUCAUACGAACACUCAGUUGCCACCAACAGUCUCAGGGAUCCCUCAGAAACGCCAAAAGUUAUCAAAAAAGUGCAGCUACACUUCCUGGGACUGCUCUGGACAAGCUCUCGAGGGCUUUUCCCUCUGUCAAAAGCACAUUCUGCACGAUCCAAGUGCCCCUUACAAACAAUGUGCAUUCGUCUACAACACGAGUGCCAAGAGAUGCUGCAACCCAGCCCCCCGGAUGGACAGACGAGAUGUUGCUUACUGCCCUGAACACAUGAGGAAAGCUCUCAUUGCCAGAAUGAAAUCCACGUCGAAAGGAGUUUUGCCAGAGAAUCCUGAGAGGUAUCUCUUGAACUUGAGGCAUUAUGUGGGUGGAGAUAAAGCUGGGGAGAGGGGUAAAAUCAAAGCGUUGGAUCCAUUCAAUGAAAUUGAUGCAUCCAAGAUCAACUCUAGCUGCUGUGAUAUACUGGAUUAUGCCAGCUCAUCAGACAGUGAUGUGGAGCCCACUGUGGCAUCUGAUGCCCUCCGAGGGGCAUUCCUGGAUGACAGUGACAGUGAAUCCCUUAGCAGUUUCAAUGAGGAUCCCCUCAAGCAUGCAGGUAUCUACACAGCUGAGGAGGGUAUUUACAUUGCUCGUGAGAAACUGAUAAAACUCCAGUCCCUCUACAUUGAGCAAUUCAAGAGGCUCCAGUACAUGUUGCGUGAGAAACGUAGAAGGUAUCUCCACGCAAUAAAGACUGAGAAGGAAACCCUCUGUAGUAUUUAUAAUCAAUCUAAAGAUACACCCAAAGAGAAAAAAAUCUACGAGAAAUUGAAGGCGUUGAAUGGUUAUCACCGUAAAAGUGGGGUUGAAGCUAUUUUGUACAAGAAAUCUAUUGAGAAAAGAGCCAGAUAUUCUGAGGGACUUUCUCAUAAGCCUCCCAGUGUACCCAAAUGCAUUUUCACAGAAGGUGGAGUCAAGUGUGGAGAGAGGACACUUCCUGCUGCUAAACACUGCAGAAAACACAUAUUAAAGGACGAACGUCAGGUGUUAUUCAAAGCAUGUGGAGCUAAAAGAGCUGACAUAUCAUGUCACGAGCCAGUUCCCGUUGUUUUCGACUCCAAUUGUGUCUUUCACAUGGAUCUGCCACCUCCCUGUACACUAGAGCCCAUGAAGUUCAUCAAAGAGAUGAAAUGUCCAGAGCCAGUGGGAUCCAACGUCAACGCCAUGGAGAUCGAUGUUGUUGGUAAUAAUCAGGAAAUUGAUCCAGAUGACGACAUGGCGGGCUUAAUGAGGGAAAUGAAUGAGCCUUUACAUAAGAAGCAGAGCUUCAACGAAAGCAUCACAAGCGAGACGAGCACUGAUACGGCCUUCAGCGUGAAUGCACAGUGCAGUGACAAGGAUGACUCGCUGGUUACUUGAUGGGCUAGGCUACUCAAUUAGUUCCAUUGAUCAUUUGGUUUUUCAAUAUUAGGAUUGAGCAGUUGAUUUAGUCGGUGGAGGAUAUUUUUUGUGAGAUACGGUGAUCAGUUGCCAGUAUGAUAAAUAAAGUUUUAUAUGAAUAAGUAA